UUAAAUAUCAUCUUGUCCAAAUGUUUCAUCUCAGCUCAAUUUGGCAACAAGGCCUAGGUUAAAUAUAGGUUAGAAUGGUCAAAACAAGAAUUAUUAAAAAUUCACACUAUAAAUAAACCAAUUUAAAAAUAUUAAGAUUUCUUCAACCCUUAAAAAGAAUACAACAAUUAACAGUGGCAUUGUUUGUGUUUCGAGUACCGAGCCGCCUGGAAGAAUUCUAAUAAUGGUUGAGGUAUUUGAAACAUAUACUCACAGUGUUUUCGACCACGAAAUAAAGAUAGAACCUGUAGCUUUCUAUGGAUGUUACGAAGGAGUCGGAAAAAACAUGAAUACCGGAGACAAGAACACAAAAGUUGAACUCUCAACAAAUCUACCACCAAAGCGAAAAAAAUCAUCAUCCCAAGACUGUAAAAUUUGCGGCAAAGUCCUAUCAUCCCCCUCUAGCUACUACGUCCACAUGAAACAGCACUCAGAUGAUAAACCAUACCAGUGUCAAAGAUGUGAUGCCAGUUUUUGCAGAAAACCAUACCUAGAGGUCCACAUGAGAACUCACACAGGUGAAAGACCAUUUGAAUGUGCUGUAUGCAAGAAGAGGUUCACACAAAAGUCUAGCCUGAACACACAUAAAAGGGUUCACACUGGCGAACGUCCAUAUGAAUGUGAGGUCUGCAAGAAAACAUUCGCCGUAAAAAGCUACUUACAAGCACAUCACUGGUCACACAUGAAAGGCGCAACUUUAACAUGCGCCGAAUGCCAUUUGACUUUUAGCAACAAGGGACAGUACAUACAGCACGUACGAACGCACAGCGUAAGCAGGAUUUACGAGUGCGUUUAUUGCAGCAAGACGUUUGUGAAAGAUGCGUUUUUGAUCAGGCAUGUCAAUAAGACACACAAGAGUCUCCAGAGAUCUGAUAGUAACGACUUCAAUGGACAUCAGCCUUAAUCUGUUGAAUUUAAGUUAUAGCUGAAUGUGAUUAAACACGAUUUUUUUUAUUUUAUAUUUAUAGAAGUGAGCAACUGUAAAUUGUUACUUGUUGAGGUUUAUUUUACUUUAUUCCCAAAUUGUGCCAUUUCAUUUGAUCUAAUAAAACUAUUAAUUAACUAUGACAAACUUUUAUUGAUUUAAGAAGGUAAUGAAAGCCUGUUAAUAUCCAUAUUUUUAUAUUUUUAACCAAUUCCACUUUUAAAAUUAUUGCGUAAAUCACGCGUAUAGCCAAGAUAAAUCGAAAUUUUAAAAAACUUAAAUUACGUAACAAUAUCAAACAAGUCUUUAAAAAAAUGCUAUAUGUUUUAUUGAGUAAUGUCAACAAUCAGUGUCAGGAUCGCCUAUUCCUUCCGAUUAUAUAAAAAUGAGUACUAUAUGAUCUAAAUAAUAAAAAAACCAACUGUCAAAUAAAACGUGACAACAACGUACAGAAAUAGACGGUCCUAAUAAUGGUAAAAAAAAUGAUAAAAAGAAAUUUACAUAGGGUUAAAAUUAAAUUAAUGUUUAUUGAACUGUAUAAUGUGUUGUUGCUUAUGCAAUGAAUUUUGCCAAUAUAAUUACAAGAUGUAAAAAGUAAACACCACUUUAAAGAGAUGCUAUAGCCCAUCCGUUUUUGUUUUUUUUUGGAUUAACGUUUAAGCUUUUUUUAUAACUGGUCCAAUACGUUAAUAAUGAAUAGCUGGUAGCGGAUAGCCGUGGACAUU